AACGGACUUCCUAUCCCAGGCAAGGAUUUCGAACUUCCUGAUCCUAAUGCUGAACCGCCUAGAGAGCCUGAGCCUGAGCCAGUACCUGAACCUAUUCAAGAAGAGCCGGCGCCACCUCCAGCCCCAGAAUUGGAGCCAGAACCAGAGCCAGAACCGACUUGGGAGCCAGAGCCAGAGCCUGCGCCCGAGCCAGUCCCUGAAGUGGUCACAGAACAGACUUAUGAAGAGGAAAGCUGGGGAAUAUGGAAUGCUUCGAAGGAGAAGAAGAAGAAGAAGAGCAAGAUCGCUGCUGAGCCUCCACCGCCCGCACCAACACCUCCAUCUUUGGGAUGGUCUGCCGAGCCAGAGGGAGCCAUAGAAGCAGCACCAGAGCCCGAGCUCGAACCCGAACCUGUACCAAAGCGAAUCAAAACUUUGGAGAAAGCAAAGAAGGGGAAGUCAAAGGACAAGGUAGCCAAGGAAGAGCCUGCCCCACCCCCAGAAGAACCUCCUGCUCCCCCGCAACCCGAGCCUGUCGAAUUCUUUGACCCCGAACCGGUUCAAUUUAAAAAGCCCUCUAGGGAUUUGGUCCCGGGCAGUUUCCCAGACGCAUUUGACGACGAGGACUUUUACGAUAUUCCCCCUCCACCUGCCCCAGAGCCGCCUGCCCCAGAGCCGGAACUUCAGUUUGAGCCAGAACCUGAGCCUCAGCAGCCGGAGCCGGAGCCGGAGCCUGAGCCGGUGCCCUUAUCGAAGAAAUUAAAGAAGAAGGAGAAAAAGAAGGCAAAGACUACUGUACUCGAACCUGUGCCAGAACCGGUACCUGAACCAGUUCCUGAGCCUGUGCUUGAACCACCGGCUCCUGAGCCCGUGCCUGAGCCGGUCCCUGAGCCUGUUGCAGAACCAGAGCCAGAACCUCAGCCCGAGCCGGAGCCCGAGCCAGUCCCCGCACCUGUUCCCAUCUCGAAAACUGAAAAGAAAAAGAAAAAGAAGAAGGUUGUUGAGCCAGAACCGAUUCCUGAGCCGGUGCAGGAACCGGAGCCAGCUCCUGAACCUGAGCCCGAGCCAGUAGCUGAACCCGAACCCGAGUUUGUCCCAGCUCCUGCUCCAGAGCCUCCGAUCGAGCAAACACGGGAAAUAGAGCCGGUGGUCGACGAAGCACCUGCUCCCAAGCUUGAAAAGCCGAAGAAAAAGAGCAAGAAGGUAUCCAGUCUAGAAAAGACAGCCCCGGUCGUGGAACCAGCCCCUGCCGAUGUUGAGACUGCAGAAGGAGCUGCAGAAAUCGAUGUAGGCGCGGGUGGCCCUCCUACGCCUCCACCAGAGCCUGCUGAGCCGGAACAGGAUAAGCCGGCCAGGAAGGAGCGUGUUCGUGUUGAGCGCACUCCCGGUUCGGCAUCCUGGGGAUUUUGGGGUGCCACGCCCCAAAAGCAGCCCAGCACUAGGGAGCAUAGGCGUAGAAGGGAAAGGGAGCGUGAACGUGAACAGUCACCCCCGCCUAUGGUCAGGUCGAGAUCGACCAGGCAACCAAAGUCUAGGGAUCUUGAGAACGAGGCAGAGAAGUCUACCUCUGACAAGGAUAAGCGCAAUAGCCGAGGUAUGACUCUCGCUGAUUUUGUCCUGGGCACGCCGCCACCGCCUAGUAGGACAAAGUCCAGUCGAAGACACGGAACACACGCAUCCAGGGCUACUUCGAGACGUCCAUCCGUGGGCAUGGAGGACGCUGGGUUCCCCAGUCCUCCACCCGACGAUAGCCGGGAUAUGCCGGAUAAGGCUGCCAGGAUGAUGGGUGUGCACGGCUCCUCUCGGAGAGAAAGAGACAGACGUCAUGAAUCUCGUAGAAGAUCUCGCGCUCCUGAUCCGUAUGCGGUCGAAGACGACGACAUCGUCAUGGUAGACCGGGACGACAUUGAUGCCCCGAAGGAGGGCUCAAGGGGAUCGAGGCACUCCGACAGACGUUCGAGGAGAAAGUCUCGGUCCAGGCAAGAAGAGCAUUAUGAUGAUGCUGAAGUGUUCUCGGGACCGGAAGAUAUCGCUUUCGUGGAAGCACCAAGAGAGCGACGCGUGAGACGGUCAAGUACUGCUCCCAAGAAACCAGAGGCCACUGGUCUCAUGGGCUUCAUCGGCUCUUUGCGGAAAACCGCUCGUCCGGACCCUCCGGAGCGCCGAAAGUCCCGGUCUCAUCGUGAUGAAGAUGCCCGGUACAUGACAGAGCCAGAGCGAGAGGAACGGCGUGCAAGGCGCGAAGCUCGCAGGAGACGUGCCGAACAAGAGGCUGAGCUGGACGGCUUUGUUACUGAAGGCGGUCCAGUAGGUGGGUUCCCGGAAACCGACAUGGACGAAGUUGAAGCUAGACGGGCAGCCCGUCGAGCAAAACGAUCCUCUCGACAGGCGCCAUCUGACCAGCUUCGUGAGAGCGAGUGGCGCGAAGCCGAAGAAAGACGUGCUCGACGGAAGGAAAGAGAGAGAGCCCGUGAGCGAGAGAUGCAGGAGAGAAUGCUCCGAGAGGAGGAAGAGAGGGAAGCAAGGCGCCAGGAAGAACGAAGGCUUCGUAGAGCAGCUCGUGAAGAACGCCGUGCUCGAGAAGAGGCGGAAGCCCGCGAGGCAGAAGAGCAGGCCGAAGCCAAAGCCAGAGCAGCAGAACGGCGCGAACGCAGACGGCGGAGGGAGGCAGAGAUGCAAGAAGCCGCCGCGUACGAGCCCCGGUCCAAACGUCGAUCCUCUCGUCACCCUGUCGAUGACAGAGCUGCCCGAGACUUCUAUCUCGGCGGCUAUGACGGCGAGAGGGCUUAUCGUCCGGAACGGUCUACAGAAGAGGGGGUGAGGCCCAAACGUCGGAAGUCCAGGGCUCCAGAACCGGAGCGUGGACCACCGAUGAUGUCCGGAGGACGCAAGGAUAAAACUUCGUCCUGGGUGCAUUCGCAAGCGAGCGACCCGCCUGAACCACCACCAGUCGUGGCCACCGUGGUGGACAUGCCGCCUGGUCCAGGUGAGCCGGCUCAGGCGAACUCGGUCUCCUCGGACGAGGAGGCACGACGUGAGCUGCGGCGUCGGGCCCGACGACGAGCCAGAUAUCCCGGCCUGACGGAUCAGGAAAUCGACGAGUUGCGGGCGCGAAAGCGCGAGGCUAGACGGUCUGAGCGUAGUUCAGGCAGCGCUGAUUACGAACGGGUCCGAAGCAUGAGGUCGUACGACGAUCGUUAUGCACCGCCAGUCAAUGGGCCCAGGAUGCCGAAUUGGUUCAAGAGACUGACCAAUAUGGGUUGA